AUGUCCCUCUGUCUCCCCCUCUCUCCCCCAUGUCCCUCUGUCUCCCCCUCUCUCCCCCAUGUCCCUCUGUCUCCCCCUCUCUCCCCCAUGUCUCUCUGUCUCCCCCUCUCUCCCCCAUGUCCUCUGUCUCCCCCCUUCCCCAUGUCCCUCUGUCUCCCCUCUCUCCCCCAUGUCUCUCUGUCUCCCCCUCUCUCCCCCAUGUCUCUCUGUCUCCCCCUCUCUCCCCCAUGUCUCUCUGUCUCCCCCUCUCUCCCCCAUGUCCCUCUGUCUCCCCCUCUCUCCCCCAUGUCUCUCUGUCUCCCCCUCUCUCCCCCAUGUCUCUCUGUCUCCCCUCUCUCCCCCAUGUCUCUCUGUCUCCCCAUGUCCCUCUGUCUCCCCCUCUCUCCCCCAUGUCCCUCUGUCUCCCCCUCUCUCCCCCAUGUCCCUCUGUCUCCCCCUCUCUCCCCCAUGUCCCUCUGUCUCCCCCUCUCUCCCCCAUGUCCCUCUGUCUCCCCCUCUCUCCCCCAUGUCCCUCUGUCUCCCCCUCUCUCCCCCAUGUCCCUCUGUCUCCCCUCUCCCCCCAUGUCCCUCUGUCUCCCCCUCUCUCCCCCAUGUCCCGCUGUCUGCUUCAGUCCAGUCUCACGGCAGUGGGCUCAGGCUGCAAACUGUCGUCAAUAA